AAUUUUCAGGUUAGAAAGAGAGGUUAAGGUGCUGCGCUGCCUCCCAAAUCUAAAUUAUAGAGUUGGUUUUUGUGCGUAUUAAGUAUUAUUAGUAGUUUGAUUAGUAGAACGUUUAUGUAUUUAGUCUAGUACAGUUUGUCAGGCAGUGUGUUACAGUUUAGUUGUCAGUGGCAAGUAAUGGUAUGAUGAGUAACGUACAACACUUGAACGGAAUGAACGGCGACUCCUUAGCUUCCCCUAGGAAGAGAUCACGCUCCACCCCCGAAUCAAAAGUGAUAGUGAUUUUAGGGGCUCAAUGGGGUGACGAAGGAAAAGGAAAAGUUGUAGAUAUGUUGGCUACAGAAGCUGACAUUGUAUGUCGUUGCCAGGGUGGAAACAAUGCUGGCCAUACAGUUGUUGUUAAUGGAACUGAAUAUGAUUUUCAUCUCUUACCAAGUGGAAUAAUAAACCCUAAAUGUACUUCGAUCAUUGGUAAGAAAAGCUUGCCAAGUUUGCCUUUUGUAUUCCAAGGUCCCUUCAAAUAUUGUUAAACCUAAUGACAUUUAUUUGCAACUGCUAUCUAGCACCACCCAGUAUAUAUCAGAUAUGAAUUAUUAUGUCAUUAUAUCCUAAAAUAAU